AUGGACGGUAUCCUUGGCCGCAGACUGGCAUAUGCUGAAAAUGCGCACACAAAGGAUUCAGCAGUCAGGCUUUUGGAGGCCAUCGCCAGCGGCACAGAGAGCUGCAGUCCGCUGACGAAGCCACUGCAGAAGACUGUGCCAGAGUCCUCAACGUUGUGCAAAGCCAGUUUUACCGGCGAUACCCCUACGGCCUGCAGUACCUCCAGUCACCCUGCAGACUGCAGUCCCCACAGUCGCCUUACAGCGUGCAGUAUCCCCAGUCGUCCUAGCUCUCCUCCACCUAUUUGCUGGCGGAUCAUGAUUGGCUGGGGAACAUCCGAGGGAAGUUUAAAAGAUGACGGCUGCGCAGGAUACAUCUGGCCCGGAACCUCCUGUUUAACUCCUGCUGCCGUGUCUAUAGUUAUUGUGAAAUCUUGUGGAAGCUGUCUUGGUCCCCUUCUUUUUUCAUUAUAUAUGUUACCACUAGGUAAGAUCAUCAGAGAACACAAUGUUAACUUCCAUAGCUAUGCUGAUGAUACACAACUAUACAUUUCCGUUGAGCCAAAUGACAUAAAUGCAUUAUACUCCUUGACCACUUGCCUGUCAGCAAUCACUCAAUGGAUGAGUAAUGAUUUUUUAAAGUUAAAUGAAAACAAGACUGAAAUACUAUUAGUUGGCCCCAAACCCAGAAGAGACGCACUUUCUACCAGACUAAGACACUUAGGCCAUCAAAACAAACUGGAAGUCACAAGCCUGGGUGUAAUUUUAGACUCAGAUUUAAGUUUUAAACCCCACAUAAGCAAGGUAACCAAAGCAGCCUUCUUCCACCUGAGAAAUAUUGCCAGAGUACACCCAUUUCUAACUAAACAGGAUGCUGAGAAGCUCAUUCAUGCUUUUAUUUCAAGAAGACUGGACUACUGUAAUGCUCUUUUUAUUGGUCUUCCAAAGAAGUCAAUUGAGAAUCUACAGCUAAUUCAGAACUCAAAAACAAAGAAGAGAGAGCAUAUUACUCCUGUUUUAGCUGCACUGCAUUGGCUCCCUGUAUCUUUUAGAAUUGAUUUUAAAGUCCUUCUACUUGCAUACAAAGCUCUUAAUGGUUUAGCACCCUCUUACAUUACCGAUUCUCUGUUGUUUUAUGUUCCUUCACGAGCCCUUAGAUCCUCUAUGGCAGGUCUUUUAAACAUUCCAAAAGUCCCCGAAAAUAAAAUUGGGGAAGCUGCUUUUAUCCACUAUGUACCUAAACUGUGGAACACCCUACCAAGAAGUAUUAGAGAGACAGGCUCAGUGGACAGUUUUAAAUGGCAACUAAAAACAUACCUUUUUAGUCCAGCAUACUAUUAG